GGAAGAGUUGAAGAACCAACAGUAUACGGGAUAGAAAGGGUACAAUGUUUUUGACCAGAUCGGAGUAUGAUCGUGGUGUUUCCACAUUUUCACCAGAGGGACGUUUAUUCCAAGUGGAAUACUCCCUAGAGGCAAUUAAACUUGGUUCCACUGCCAUUGGUAUUGCUACGUCUGAAGGUGUUGUUCUUGGUGUUGAGAAGAGGGUGACGUCUUCUCUGUUGGAGUCGUCAUCCAUUGAGAAGAUCAUCGAGAUUGACUCCCACGUCGGUUGCGCCAUGUCAGGGUUGACUGCGGAUGCCAGAUCCAUGAUUGACCAUGCCAGAGUGAGUUCCGUUAAUCACAGUCUAUACUACGAUGAGCCAAUCGGAAUUGAGAGCCUGACACAAUCUGUCGCCGAUUUGGCCUUGAGGUUUGGUGAGGGUGCAUCCGGCGAGGAACGUUUAAUGUCGAGACCAUUUGGUGUUGCCUUGCUCGUUGCAGGUGUCGAUAAGGAGAAGGGACCUCAGUUAUACCACACAGAACCAUCCGGGACAUUCUAUAGAUAUGAAGCUAAGGCGAUUGGAUCAGGUUCAGAAGGUGCCCAAGCAGAAUUGCAAAAUGAAUAUCACAGUUCGCUCACAUUAAAAGAGGCAGAGGUUUUAAUUCUCAAGAUUCUGAAGCAGGUGAUGGAAGAGAAGCUCGAUGAAAAUAACGUACAACUGAGCUCUGUCACAGAGGCUGAUGGUUUCAAGAUUUAUCCAAACGAAGUUACCGCAGAUAUUAUUAAAGUCUUGAAAGAACAAGAAACUGAUGAACCAAUGCAGGGUUAGUUGAUUUUAGCUAUUGGCUAUAAUGAACAACAAUAUCAAUGACAAAUAAGAAGAACGUUCUAUUAAAAAGAAAUAAUUACAUCGUCUUAUAGUACAAACUGUGCUCUAUCUAGAGACACUAAUCAACUAAAUGGGAAUACUCUGGAACUUCCCUUACCUUUGCGUUGAAAAACUUCUCCAGCUUAUUUGCAUUCUUGUAAUACGUUGUGCUCUCUCCGUUAUAACUUCUACAGUUAUUGAAUACGAGUUUAGCAUCGUAUACGAAUUC